GCCUCAGCUCCACGUCAAGUCAGUCAGUCGCUCGUUCAGAAUCUCCCUUCCUGAAAACAGUCGCAAUUCACAUUAUGCCCGCACUUACAUCAGAGAGUACCAAGCGGAAAGCUUCGGAGGAGGCCCUUUCCCCAGAUUCGCAGCAACGGAGCAAGAAAGCGCGCACCGAUUCUCCGGGGGAGGAGCUUAAGACAGAAGAUGAACCCCUCGAUAAGCCGCCCAUGAGGAUUGUCCCGUUCCCGGAGAAGCCGGCCGUACUCGAAGAGCGUCGUGGUGAGAUUGAGUUUCGUGUGGUCAACAACGAUGGCUCGCGCGACAGUUUCGUCGUCCUCACCGGCCUCAAGUGUAUCUUCCAGAAACAACUCCCCAAAAUGCCCAAGGACUAUAUCGCGCGCUUAGUCUACGACCGGUCGCAUCUGUCUAUCGCAAUCGUCAAGCAUCCCCUGGAAGUGGUCGGAGGCAUCACAUACCGUCCGUUCAACAGUCGCCGCUUUGCCGAGAUCGUCUUCUGUGCCAUCUCUUCUGACCAGCAAGUCAAAGGAUAUGGUGCGCAUCUCAUGUCCCAUUUGAAGGAUUACGUCAAGGCGACAUCGGACAUCAUGCAUUUUUUAACCUACGCUGAUAACUACGCUAUCGGAUACUUCAAGAAGCAGGGUUUCACUAAAGAAAUCACGCUGGAUAAGUCUGUCUGGAUGGGAUACAUCAAGGAUUACGAGGGAGGAACAAUCAUGCAGUGUACCAUGCUGCCCACGAUACGCUAUCUCGAGGUUGGCCGCAUGCUUCUCAAACAGAAGGAGGCGGUCCAUGCGAAGAUCCGGGCGUUCAGUCGGUCACACAUCAUCCAUGCGCCCCCCAAGGAGUGGAAGAACGGAGCAUGCAAGAUCGAUCCCUUGCUGAUCCCAGCUAUCAAAGAGUCGGGAUGGUCGCCCGAUAUGGACGAGUUGGCCCGCCAGCCCCGCCACGGGCCGAACUACAAUCAACUUCUGCAUCUGCUCAAUGACAUGCAGAACCACAGUGCCGCGUGGCCGUUCACACAACCGGUCAACCGAGACGAAGUGCCGGAUUACUAUGAAGUCAUCAAAGAACCCAUGGACCUGUCGACGAUGGAGGAGAAACACGAGAAGGAUAUGUACCCGACGCCGCAAGACUUCAUCAAGGAUGCCAUGUUGAUCUUCGACAACUGCCGAAGGUACAACAACGAGAACACGCCGUAUGCCAAGAGUGCCAACAAGCUGGAGAAGUUCAUGUGGCAGCAGAUACGAAACAUUCCGGAGUGGUCGCAUUUGGCCGAGAAUCACUGAACAGGUGGUUGUGUAGUCUUUUGGUGCGUAGGCGUUGCUAAUUGGCGUUUGGUUCUGUGUGUGUGUGUGAUGAACGAAUACCCAAAGUUAUGAGAACAUGGAGC